UGAGCUCAGCGUCAUCAGAGGGGGUAUAAAACAGGGCAGAUGAGGACAGCGGCACACACACCCCGACCAGCUUCUCCAAACAUACACUUUACAUAAUAAGGUAAGAAAGACUUUUUUUCUGCAGUCUGGAGUGUCAUUGAAAACUGUUCUCUUCUUUGAAGCAUGUGUUUAUUCACCAGGAGUUCAGACAGUAUACUGACAGGCAGCCAGAUAUUUAAGUGAACAGAUAAUAACAUGCAAAAGGUAACCACGAGGCUUACAGAUGGGCAACUCUUUUUUUAAAUACUUUUGCUUAUGUGUUACCGAAAAGUUCCCUGAAGGUAGACAAGAUUCUGUCACCUCUGACUUGUGGUUGUGGCACAAAGAGGAGCAGACAUCAAGAACAAGGGUGUAGCUGGUGCAAGAUUAUAAGCUCAUUGCAUCUUAUCUAUGGCUUACUUUAUAUUUGCACAUUCAGAGUUCAGGCUUUUGGUGUUUUUAUUGCACAGCCACAUGGUUCAGUCAUUGCAUUAACAGAGUAUUACCUGUUGCAUCAUCACUCUAGUUCACUCUGACUUCUUUCAUUUAUUUUCUAUAAGGCUGCAGGAACAAAUCCAGAUAUAUGCUUAUAUACAGAAAAGCCGAGCGAAAUCAUGCGCACUGUGCUUCAAUAAGUUUCAAGAGAAUUUCAGGGUUGUUUUAAGUCUGCCAGUACAGGGCAAGUGGAAAUCAAAGAUUAAUUUCAAUGAUGAUUGAAAUUACCCAAUUAUUAAGUUAGUUACUGCAAAAUGCAAUAUCAUCAUCAUACAGGUAAUAAUCAUAGUUUUAUAGAAUGUCACAGUCGUUUAUGUUUUAUAACAUUAUUGAUUUAUAAAACUACAUGAACUUCAUUUUUUUAAUACAAAAAGGAGGAUUGCCCUGCACAGCACAGAUCUAGAUGUUGGUGUUGGUGAUGUCAGGAAAAAAGUUCCUAAUAAUAAAAGAGUUCCACCGCACACAACGUGGUAAGAACGUAAACUUAUUUAUUGGUUGAAAGAACAACGAGUUAUGCAUCACAGGAAGCCUGAUGAAGCCUGUGAGGUGAAACGUGUUGUUCUUUUAAUCAAUUGAUUUUUUUUAACCUUCAUAAAGGGGCGUUCACAAUAUCAGAUUUUUACUUCCCAAUUAUCAUGGCCGUAAAAUAUCAUGAUUCUUUAUGAUAUAUCAUGAGGAAGGACAAGACAGGGGUGAAUGGUUGCUUUUACACACUACAGUGUAAAAUAUGCUUUUUUGUUGAAGUAAAAGCUACUGAUGCCAUUUGGAAUGGGAACUUUUGCAGAAAAGAAAAGAACAUAUCAUCAUUACUUCCUAACCGUUAACAUUAUACAUCACUGUUUUAUUCAGAUUAUGCCCAUGAGAACGGGAGCAGUCCUGCUGCCAAAGACUUUAUUCAGAAUAUUGCCUUAACUAGAAUAUGGACCCUCAGUGGAAAAGGUUUUCUUAUUAAUGCUUGUGGGUGGUGGUGCUGCAAUUUGCAUCAGAUUUAACCCUUGAGGCGUAACUCUUUUGUAACAGGUGAUCUCUCAUCUUAAUCAUUCUUAGUGUUUCUGAAACCUUGCUGCUUGGUCCUCUGUUGCAUUUAUGAUUACAUGGCAACCUAGAUACGCUGGUAUUCAGUAAACAGGGGUUGAGACAUAAUUGGUUUAGAUUUUGACAGGAAAAUAUGUCUUUGCGUAAUAUUUGAAAAUCUUUUUGAUAACCCUCUUAUUGCAGUUAUAUUUCAUAAACACAGUAUGACUGGAAUAUCACAGUUAUUUACUGACUUGUAAGGGUAGUAUGAAGUAUCAGCCUGCUUGUGGAGUUAAUGUUAUCUGUCAUGGUCAUCGUUGUUAUGGAGAAUAUGCAUUUGUCUGUUACAUGUAGUCCCCAUGUUCUUAAAUAAUCAUGACACGAUAAGCAAAAAGUAGACUCAGCAGUGAACAAAGGAAGCAUGUCUUCAACAACAUAUCUCUCUAUCAGUCUGUUCAGUCCUUCCUGCCUUACAGAUUGUGCAGUAGCCUAACUUUAAAUCAAACUUUGGUUGUUUGGAUAAAGUGGUUUUCCUGAGCUAACAUGAGCUGCACCUGAGUCACUCAGGUUUGCCGUGUCACGCAGCUCAUUGGCAGCCUGUUGUUUGGUCAGGGCUUCAUGAGAAUGUCUUGGCAAUAUAACAUUUCCCCUUCUGCAUGCAGACUUCAGCUUACCUCUUGUUCUUUACCCAAAGGAGGUAAAUUUCCAGCUACUCAUGUCUUUCUGGGCAAUUGCAUGUCCGGCUUGAGUGAUGAGUGUUAUCUGUUUUUUAGAAACUGCAGAGUUAAAGUCUAUAAGGAGAGGAACUCAGUGUACAGGAGAUAAGAUCCCUCUGUCCUGUGCAAAUUCUUCUCUGCAGAGUAACGUUUGCCACUUCCUGCUUAUGUAACUACUGCUGCUGUCUUUAACUUGUCACUGGAACGUCACUUUCUUUUUAGAGGACUGGGACUUUCACACUUUUACAGGAGAAGUCAUACAAGGCAGGGGCAGAUCCAGAACCCUUACUGAAAACCCACAGGAUGUGAGUGCACCACAUUCUGUGGGCUUUUCUGAAGGCAAGCAUUCUCGCUUACUGGGUGGAGUGCAGUUUGGAGCAACUGGACUUGGUAUUGUAGAAUCAUUGCAGAUGUGUGCAGCAUAUCUGGGACAGUUUAUAGCCAAAGUCUGGCCUCCAUGAUAUGUUUGGUUAUGGGGUAGCUUGUCUCUCAGGCAAAAAGGCGAGGUCAAAAAUAAGGCAGGCAAAGGCCAUAAAUGGCUUGUCUAAGACUAUGAAUAAUGCUGGAACGUGGACUAUGAAGUGCAACAAACUGGUGACGAGACAGUGAGACACACAAGGUUAAAUACAAGAGGUAAUGAGAAGUUGUUAUGGAAUGUUGUUGAAAAAAUCCUUCUCCAUGUGCAAACUGUGCCAACAGACAUCAUCUCUUGGAUGAAAGAUCACAGAGAGAUCUUUCUAUGAAAGACCACAGAAAUGUGUCAUAAGUCUUCAUACAUCCGCAAUAAUGUGAAAAGAGAUAAAACCCACAUGACUUAUUUCGAAACUGAUAUGAUCGUAUCAUUUUGUAAGGUGUAGCUGGAAAGGUGGGGGUAGUUUCAGGAAGCAGCAGUAUGUUUGAAGGUUACUGCGGGACUGGCUGUGCAUGAAUAAGACUGUUUAUCAUUAAGUAACCAAAGCAAUGUCACUUCUUUAAAUGCAGGGAGAAAACUAUGUAUUUUAACUUAAAAUCUACUCUGUCUCUUUCAGAAAAUGAAUUUUUGUGGGUUUGUCCUCAUUUUUGGCCUCUCCAUGAUGAUAAGAUCAUCCACUUCAGGUAGUACAACAUUAAUACUUGUGUUUUUGCAACUGUUAAAAGUUUCUUACCAUCUACAUACCUUUGCAGCACAAGAGUAAAUGCAAAGAAUUUCAGUCCCAAAAGAGUGACACAAGACCGAAUCACAAAGCAUAUUACCCUAAAGAUAUAAAAACCCCACCUGGUGGCCUUUUCUUUGCACCCAGCCACUCCUGAAUGUCUAAGCCCAUUCUGUGUUGCAGCUGGUGGUUGCUUCAUGUUUUCUUCAAUUUGGUUGAUGCUUUUUUUCAGUGUGUUUACAUGCACAGUAGAGUAGAUCUUCAGUGAUAGCUUUGUUCUAUUUUAUUUUAUUUUUUAUAAAACAAGAUAUCUGUCCUUUGCCCACCCUAUAAGAACCAGACAAUAACUAUUACGGUAUUUUAUGAAUUUUAUGUCACUGCAUGACUUCUUACUUAAGUAAUUCCGGGUGCUGGUGACUGCUCAUUUGUCAACUUGCGUAUUUACUCGGACAUGAAUGUUUCUCUCAUCUACUUUCUUAUCUUCAGAAACAGCUGAGCCUGACUGUUUUGCAUAUGAUACAGAGUUAUUUCACCGACCUGAGGGUGAGGCAUUUUAUUAUGCACCUUAUGUUGGACUGAAGAGCAUUCCAGAUGAAAACAUCACGUGGUACAAAAAUAACUCCAAGGAAAUUUCCAACAAUGAAGACGAGAGAGUACAUUACCAUGGAGCGACGCUCUUAUUCUUAGAACUAAAAAUUGAGGACUCUGGAUUAUACAUUGCAAGGUAAAAAAAACUUCAUGUAAUCCUGAGAUGGAAAUAAGAUGUCUUACAUGAAUCAUAAAAUACUUUUGUUUAUUUUUCCAGGCAUAAAACCCCGUCUGGAAAGUGUGACAAAUAUAGUCUAAAACUGGUGGUCUUUGACAAAAGUGAAGUAGGCAAACUUCUCUACGGGAGAAUCAGUAGCAGUUCCCAAAAGAUAAGAGUGCCGUGUCCAGAUAACGUCAAAGAAACAUGUAAAGCAUUUAAAGGAAAUUUCGCCUGGGAGAAGGUAGGAAUGUCUGUGAUUAUGGUGAAUCUUAGAUUGAUGUAUCAUUUUAGUGUAACACCUGGUUUCCUUCUUUCAAGCCAUUUCUUUCAGCACAAAAGUGACAAUUUAUUCCUAUCAUCCUGACCCCUCUCAUAAUAGAAUAACUCGAAAGCCAAACUACAUAUUUUUUGUACAACUUAAUUCCUGUAACAACACCAUUUUAUUUGAUGGUGACUAAUCCACCCUCAAUCUAGCCCUGAUAGUCUGUCCUGCCGCUUUCAUUGCUGAUAAUGCCAUGGUUCUAUGUAACUCACGAGGAAGCAUCGGUUUAAGAGAGGUUCAUAACUCCUCUAAGUUCCUUUCGAAAUGUUAUUUUUAUCAAUGCUUCAAAAAUGCUUCAAAAAUGCUUUGACGCUUUUUCACUAUCGCAAAUACGAGAUGUUGGAGCCAACAUUUGUUGGCAAUUGUUUCUCAGAGAAAAGCAGAUAUGAAAGUGAUAUUUCCUUUAAGUUCUCUGGAAAUGUUUCCUGCUUGUGCAAUAUGAACAAACCACAGAGAACUUUUUGCAUAUGGCGCUAAAUAAUGUAUGAAAGAUUUAUUAAUCAUUGGAUAACUUGGAAAACACAGAAAGUUUCAGGCGCUUGUUUGUUUAGUUUUGCAUGUGGGUUGAGGGGAAAAAAAACAGACUAAAAGCUCUCUGUUGCUGUGUUACAAAGCUUGCAAAACAUAUCUCUCAGUAAGAUAGAUAACUGGAAUAAAAUUUCACAACAAUAAAUUGAUAUUCAUGAAAGGUUAUGGAGUUUAUGGACUUGUGUCAGUUUUUUGCUUCAUCCUGAGGUGAUGAUAUAUGCUCUUUUGUACAUACUCCUCAUAAAUACACAAGUGUGUACUUUAACUGCACACUGUGUUUUCCAUGUAAGAUGAUGUGCACAAGUAAAUAAUUUUCUGCUGAACCUCUGAGGAAAUCAACAUAUCACCGCAUUUAGAGGAAGUGAUAAGCAACAGGAUGGACGCUCUAAAAACAGUUUCAUAAACAUUGGUUUUGAAGAAUGGAUGAUUUAAAUUAGAAUUCUGUCUGGUUACAUGUAACUUAGGUGUCACUGUGAUCCCCAUAUUGAGACUAACCGAGGGGAAAAGAGAUUUAUCACAAAAAUAAUUAUGACUGGCAUGGAUGCUGCAGAUGGUGGCACUAGAAGCAAAGAACACAUAUGCAAAUUGGUCAGACAUGAGUUGCACAAGCAAAAAGUUCACAUGAAGAAAACUACUAGAGUUGAGUUUUUUUUUUUUUUUUAAUGUGCAGUUCAAUUUAAUAUUUGAUGCAAGUAUCAAAACUGAGGACAAAAUUUUACAUGGCAACAAAGUUCCAGCUGAAGUUUACACUUAUAUUGUUUUAGUCUUUUGAAAUCUUUUGAUGGCAGGCGUGUGCAGUCAUUAAUGCUGAAAUGUUUUCACACUCCCCCCUAAUAUUCUCUUUUGUUUCAGAAUUUAAAAACCACUCAUCUCUUUUUGUCUUCCCGCAGGACUUCAAGCCUCUUCGAAACGAAGAUUCAAACUAUCUAUGGGUGACUAAUACUGGCCAAACUGCAAACAUCUAUUCUUGCAUUUGUACCUGGAGACACAAUGAGAAGGAGUACAACACCUCGGGUUCCAGGAAUGUGAUAGUAAAAGGUGAGAGGGGGUUAUAAAAAGUUUACAUGUUAGGAUAAGAGCAGUUAAAGGUGGGGUAUGCAGGAUCUGAGCAAGAGCCAGUUUUUGGGAGACGUCUUGAAUGUUAACACUACCCCUUCCAAUCAGUUUUCCCCUCAGCUCCUCUUCUCCCCUCCCUCUCUGCUCCAGCAAGCCCCGCCCACAAACAGACACUCCUGCUCGCUCGUAUCGUUUCAAUUAAAUUCAGAUAUAAUGCAGAUAAAUACUUCAGAUCAUUACAAAUGGGGCCCAGUAGAUGCCAACAGACUACCAGCAAACACAAUGUUUGCAGGACUUCUACAACUAGGAUAAAGUGACAUAGUCCAGGACCCGAGGUAAACAGUUUAGCAGCGUUACAACACACACUUGUCCCGUUUGACAAGAAACACUUCUGUUACAGACGUUUGGCUUACUAUGUUAAAGUGGUUUACCUGUCCAGUAGAACAGUUAAGGGGUCUGUAAGAUCCCACAGCGUCCCCCAUCGUUUAUGCCGACCUGGCUCCUUAGCUCUUGUCUGGUCUACCUCCGUUUUAAGCGCCCGUUAUUCCGCCAGAGUCUCCAGUAUUUACUUCGUUUUCUUGCUUGUGUUGGCAGUCGUGGCCAAAGGAGGAUUCAGGAGUCUUAUAUCAUAGUACGCUAAUUUUGUUUUGGCUUGUGAAUGUUAUUUGAGGACGUGGAGCGUGCCUCACAACACGGGGGAGCAGUGUCUGCCUCACAACCAGUCAGGUUGGGGGAGACGUAAAAUGGCUUUGUUUACAGUCAGAAAAAAACGGGCCACUCAAGAAAUUUAAAAUGUUGACUACACAGACAUAACGAAACACAGCGAUAUUGUUAUAUUGUCAAAUAUCAUCAAUAACUAAUAGUUAUUGACUGAUAUUAAAAGCUUUUUUGUAUAUACACCGCAAAAAAAUAAACUUCUUAAACUAAACCCUGCCUACCCCACCUUUUAAAAAAAGUGGAGAGGAGCCUUAUUAGCAACCUAGUGGUGAGAUAAUGACUCAGAUAGCUUUAGACUGGUUGCCUUUAUGGUAAAAUGUUGUCACCCUUGUUGGCUGACACAAAAACUAGGAGUUGAUUGCAAAAGUUUUCAUAAUUAUUAUUUAUGGGGGUCCAGAAUGCAGUUAAUAACUAACUAGCUCAGGCUGUAGCGCCAGAUAGUGGUGAUUGCCAUGAUGUCGUUCUGCUCUACAGCUCAAAUGGAAACAAACGGGUGAUUUCUUGUAGUGUGGCACGGUUUGUCAGUAUUUUUCUUUAGAAAAUUGAGCUUAAGUUCAACUGCACAAAGUAUGGUGAAAGAGAAAAGAGUAACUGACCGUGCUGAAGUGUUUUAAAGAUAUACUGGGCAACAGAGGCAGCCAAUCAGUGACAGCCUGAAAAAUGUCUCUUGGGGAGAAUUGCAGCAGGUUAAGAAAUAAUGCAUAUUCUCAAGACUUGUAUGAAUGCUUGGAGUGGCAAUUUUUUUUUACAGAUGAAAGAAACAGAGGAGGCAAAAAGUCAAGUGGGGAUGUGGGGUCUUCUUCCGCUUGAAUGUUCUGGUUUUGGAUUUUUUAUUUUUAAUCCGUUUUUUAUCAGUUGCAUGUUUUGUUUUCUCUGCUGAAGAUUUGUUAUUGAUGUAGUUGUUACAGAGCUGCAGAAGUUUCUUUCAGUGAAGAUUGUUUGGGCUAUUUUACUGCCUACUGUGAAUAAUACAAAAGAGCAUUAACCCUGUGUUGUAUUUUUGUGUGCAUACAGCUCGAGCCAUCCACAGACGACCAAUACUCCUCUCUCCAGUCAACAAGGAGCAGUUUGCUGAUGAAGGUAUGAAAAAAAGAGGACUCCGGAUUUAGUUGAACCCAGAAUAAUAAACCAGGUAUAUUUGGUGCUGAAAAUUCAAGAGGCACUGAGAGCAUUGCAGAUAUAUGAUGAAUAAUACUACACCCAUCCAGAUAAAAUUCUUCUAAAGGACAACAUUUACAAUGUUUUCUUUACUUUGAUUAUUAUUACAGCAGUUGAGUUACUCAGACCAAACGUUAGGGGCAGGAGCUGUUUAUUUAUUUCCUGUGUUAUUUGUUUUACUGUCUAUUUUCAUUCAGUUUUCUUAUGUACUCUUUAUUUGCUCAAUACUUCAAUACCUUUGACCCUGUCAGAUUUUUUCACACCUGAAUGUUUUGUCCCCCAACACUAUGUUUUGAAUUGUCUGUUUGUGUUAUCAUAUUUUUGACCACUAUAAGAUGAUAACUGAAGGAGUGCAGUAACACACAGCACCGUUGAGGAAAUGUUUAAUCUACCGCCCUGCAUCUCUUCUCCCUGGAGUGAUUUCUGAAGAAAUUAAGCAGGUCAAAAUAACUUCCAUGGAAGGGAGCGUGAGGCGGUUUCAAUUACUUGGAUACCCGUCUUAUCCUGACGAAAAAUAUUUCUGAAACGUACCAGGGUGUUCCAUCUCACACCUCCAGGAUAUGACACAUAAUUUCUCCUUUCGCCUCUCUUAACCCUGAGAAAUUUCCUAAGUUUGCGGUAAAAGGGACUCAUACCAUUUAAAGACUUUGUGGCUGAGAGUGAAGCAGUGACUCCAGAGGAACCACUAGACCAUUAAACUCCUAAUAAACACCAUAAACUAUUCCCAAGAUGGAGAAAUUUUCAUUAACUCUUCAAACAAGAAGGGGGAUAAAUAUUCAAAAUUGGUAUAAAAUAACUGGAUCUGUAUGUCUGAAUUCAUCUGUUAACAUGUCCUGUGACUCUUAAUCUUUUUUUCUUUCAAACUUAAUAAAGUCAAAUUCCUCUAUUGUUAAUAAAAUCCAUAUGGAGAGCAGUAAAAUGAAUUUGCCCAUUGAUGAGGAACUAUGAAAGUCUGUACCAAAUUGCAUUAAAUUUAAUUUGAGUUUUAAAUUUUAUUCUGUUUUUCUUGAGUAUAGCUGCACAGCCACCUUCUUUGCCAUUGUAUGUGUGUUGUUGUGAAAUUUUGUAUGUUUUAAGUCUGCUCUAUGCUUCUUGUGUGAUUUCAUGUACUUUUUAAUUUACAUACUUGAUGUACAUUUAAUUGUAUAUACCACCAACCUGCUGGAGACUACAGAUGGAACUUAGCCCAUAGUACAUUUACACGCCCAUGGUUAUCGAUAUGGUUAUUGAUAUCCACUGUCUCAUUAUUAAAGUCUGCACAGGAUACCUCUAUCUCAAUGAUCAUGAAGUAUCUUCAAAGUCAAAAUAAUAGUAUAUGCUGUUUUGUUGUAUUUUAGCAAUAGGCUCUGUAGUGACUCUAACACUGUAUUAAAAUAGGCUCUACGAAGUUAACAACUGCUAAUAUUAGCGCACUAGUGGGUUCUUUAUUAGUCUCACUUGUUUCAGUGGAUAAAAUAUCUCAGCACUAUCACCGAUAUAGCCAAGGGUUAUCUACAGUAUAAUGCCUAUACUUUAUAAAUAUCAUGAAAUAACAGUCUGAUUCUCCAAAGUAUGAAUGUGACAAAUAUUAUUCUGCCAAACACCACCAAGAAAUCGCACAACAGCUGUCCCUCUGUUUCUUAGCCUUCAAAAUAAAAGGCAGUGGAAACCAUACUGCCUUUUACCAAGACAUAUCAAAAUAACUUAGAUUUUUAAAGAUUUAAUUAAUAAUAAUAAUCUCAGAGUGUCUAUUUUACUUUGAAGGCAAUGUGAGCUGUUUGAGAAACAGACUCAAACUGAUACCAUCGGCAAAAAGGCUUAUAUUUUACUGUCGUCAUUUUUGGUCUUGAUGACUGAUUGUGAAUCCAAAAACAAUAUAACAGCGUGUGCCUCUUCAUUGUACUAAUCAAAUAAAUAUGUAUUUUUAGACCGUUAUUUUGAACAUAGUUAUUCAGUUCCAGUAUGAUCUACUUGAGGUAGUGUAUUCCAAAAUAAAAGCAUGGUUUGACCAUACAUCUGAAAAACAAUGGUUUAUUCAGGCAAUGUCUUCUCAAUAUAAUUCAGUCACAGGGUUGGAGAUAAAUCACAAGUUUGAAUAUAACUAGAAAUGUAUGAUGACAUGUAAGUUACUUUAUGACUAUCAGUAAAGUUUAUAAAGUAAUAUUUGCUCUGUCUUGGCCUUUCCUUAAUUUGACAGAUUGUUUUAAUUUUAAUUUUCCAUAAAUAUUGUGGUGAUGUCAUCAUUGUGAUAUUUAUAGCCAUGAUAAUUGUGAGGGAAAAAUCUGAUAUCGUAUCAGUUGUAAUGUGAUUACUGUAUAUGUCUUUAGUGUGAGGAGAGAGCUGUCGAGUUUAACCUUGUUUUGCCUAAAGCUUGUAGGACUGUAAAGGUAGUGUGCAAAUUUUACUGUAAGAACUGCAGAGACAAUGUUUAGUGUUCAGGUUUUUUCUCCAAAUGGAAGUGUUAUCCUUGCAUUCGGAUAUCCCUCUAGUGGAGGACCAACAAACAUAUCCGAACAUUCAAUCAGUCGUCUUUUUUUUUGUUUGUUUUAUUUAUGGGUUGAGCUCAAACAGGGCCCAAAUGCACAUCAUGUAUUUCAUCAGGUGAAGUGUUUCUCAAAGGUGUCUUUACUAAAACUAGGGCGUUUCGAUUCAAUCAAAGGUUCUCAUAUUUCAAGAGCUACUUGACUGGGACUGAAAUUUCUCAAUCUCACCACUGUUGGAUUCAAAUGGUUUCAACCCUUCAGUCUUUGUGAAGCAGCCUAAAGUGAAUACAUUACAUAUUUACAGGAGUCAUGAUGAAUUAUUGGGAAAAUUCCUAACUGAUUCUUUUUUUUUCUCUACCAGGCAUGGGGAUUACGCUGAACUGCUCAGGUUUAUGUGGGACAAACGCAGCAUCUAGCUGCCGUGCUUACUGGCUUAUUGAUGGGAAGACUUUCAAGUCCACUGAUGGAUACAGCUGCACCACCAAAAUGUAAGCCUGAUCGAAGCUUAACUAAUCAGAGAGAUUAGUAUUUAAAGCUGUAAAGGCUUCUCAAAAUGCCAUAGCAUGGCAAGUCACCAUAAACCAACACAUUUUUCUAGUAUGUUUGAACCAAGAUACAAACCAAAAUUGAAGUCUGAGCAGCUGGCUAGUCUAAAGGUCACAAAAAAAGAAAGCUGAAGACAAUUUACUAGAGCUACACACAGGAUUGCAGAGUUUCCAGGCAAAAGAUGUCAAACUGUUUUGCUAAGUUUGGCUAAUGCUAGCCGACACCAGCCUUUGGUCCUCCCUGCAAGGGAACUUUGCUAAGCCAUCCAGAGUUGUGAGAUGCUCCCUGUGAGCUGUGCUUGUUUACAUCUGGAUAGAAGAGCAUUGUAGCUGUUGCCAUUAACUGGACCUACAGCCCUGCAGAGUGAUGGGUAAUUGCACUGCUGCUCAGACACUACAAAUGACCUACGUUUCAUGCCGACAGUGUUAACUCAUUCCUUUGUUUUCAUCAGUUUUUGUUCAGUAAUGGUGAUGUUUUCAGAGUUUAAUGAUCUGAACUCGCUCCCUUUUCUUUUCUUUUUUUUUUAGAGAGAACCCGACAGAGAAUACAACUGCCAUUGCAUCCCUGAUUAUCCAAAAAGUUACUGCUAAAGAUUUCCAGACCACAUUUACAUGUUUUGUUGAAGGACUUACCGAUGUUGUGAAUUCAACUUUAACUCUUAAGCCCAGAGGUCAGUAAGAGGAUCAAAUGCUGUAUCCCAGUUCAGGGGCUGUGGUCUCUUCAAAGGACCUGGUCUUAGAGACUGGUUCCAAAGGGGUCAAUCAGUAGGAAAAGCUCAUGUCAAUCCGCAGACAGAACAUCUGCUUUUUUCAGUGGAUUUUCAAUUUCUGUUAUUUCACUUUACUCUGGCGACGUAUGGUAUUUCCCCUGUUGCCUGGAAAUGGGUGACCAGCCACCUUAAACUCAUUUGUGAGUCAACUGUUUCAAUCGAAUUGACGUGCAAAGAUACAUGGGCCACAAAGCAUCCUCCACAUCCUUCGAAAAGUAUGACACAUACUUGGACAAAUUUUGAGGAACCUUUCACGCUCCGUUGCGACUACUUCAGUCUUCUGAUAUGGCCUUUAAGUAGGGUGACCAUAUGUCCUCUUUUACCCAGACAUGUCCUCUUUUUUGGGUUUUUAAAAUACUUCAAAUAUCCUCAGUUCUGUACGCGAGUUUCAAUUUUGUGUCACGUGGACUUACCAAGUUAGAAGUGCAUAAAAGACACUCUGAUCUGACCCGAAAAACUCUCAAAAUUAACUUUGUGCGACUCCAUGACUCCACCCCUGCUUAGUCGUGUGCUCUUUUUGGGAAGUCACAAUAUGGUCACCCUUUUUGGGAAUUAGGAGAUACUCUAGUGUCUGCCCCAAAUACUCUUGGUUGAUAAACAGUUUAACAGCGGAAAUCCAGCACAUUGUGAGCACUUUAAAGCUUACGAUGAAAAAAAGUUAAACAUUCUCCACAGUAAAAAUCAGAGUAUUUUCCAGUGUCUAAACCAGAGAACCAUAAAUAUAUGCAAAAAGACAAGGAUUUCCAACAGACCAACAGUCAUGUGAGCCAGCAGUCACUGAGUAUAACUAUCAGUCAGUUGGCUAAAACUUCUGUGGGCUAGCCAAAUACACAGGUCCACUUGCAGCAAAUUUAGCUAGCUACUGGUCAUCUUACUCACACAAUCAUCUAAUAGGGCUAAAUGUCAUGUGGGCUUAGUAAAAGUAGGGUAGCGAAAUGUUUUAAAAGUAUAUAAUAUUCCUCUAUUAUCUAACACCCUCCAUGACAUCAGAGGAAAAUGGCAGCCAUAUUUAAUUGUUGUUUCAAUUGUUAUUUGUAAUUUACUGACAUUGCAAGAAUUGCAAAGAUCUUGAUCUAACAUGAUUGUUUUUUAAAAAACAUAUUUGUGUUUUUACUCUAGAGUCUGUAACUCCACUCAUCAUCGGGGGAUUGUGCGUGCUGUUCUUGUGCGUGACUGCUGCUGUGCUGAUUAAGUAUUUCGCCAUCGACCUUGCUCUCCUCUUCAGACCGUACCUCCCGCUGAGCCGUGAAAAACAAGGUAAGGGGACCUGGCAACUUAGCUCCAAACUACAAACUAUAACCUUUAAAAUGUUUUAAGACAUUCUCAAACAACAUUCUUGCUACAUUUUUAGCUGGCGUAGAGAUUUUGCGAAAAGAAAAUUAAGAACAAUCUACCAAUCAAAAAUAACAACAAAAGAUAAGUGGAGGAAAAACAGCAUAUGAAUGGGUUGUCUAAAAGUACAAAAAUCUGUCACCUAAAAAAAAAUAAAAGUGAGGACCCUGGCCUCAUAAAUAAACUCACAAAGCAUGAGGGUGAAAAGUCCAUGUCCCACAACAAACCAAUGUUUACCAGUGAAUAUCAUAAAUGUAUUUGUGUUCCAGAUGGGAGGGUGUACGACGCCUACGUGGUCUACAAAGCGCAGGACAUGGACAAGGCUAUUGAGGACACACUCUCUAGCUUUGUCACUAAAAAAUUGCCCUCUGUCCUUGAGGAGAAGUGUGGAUAUCGACUCUUCAUCCAUGGAAGAGAUGAUAUACCAGGAGAAGGUCAGAUAGUACUCGACUUACUUAUUAUCUAACAACCUUUCUUACUUACAGGCUUUUUUAUGGCUCACUAAAUUACUUACUCAAUUCCUUACUGACCUUUUUAAUUACUUAUUUAGAUAAUUCCUUGCCUUCUAACAAACUUCUUUACUAACUUAAUUACUCCCUCACAUAUUUACAUCCUUGUUUUAUUAUUUAAUCACUCACAUUAUUGUGUAUUUCAGAACCUAGCAUACCAGGAAUUUUUCAUUCUUCAUCAAUGCUGAAUCCAACAUUUAAAAUCCAGCAGUCUGGAAAACUCUUUCACUGUUACCACACUUUUGAGUCACAAACAGGUGUUUCCCCUUUUAAAUUAAGUGUCACUUAAAUAGACUUAAGUAUCACAGAUUCUUAAUACACUGAAAUUUUAGAAUUUUACACACAAGUUACAAGAUGGAUGAUAAAAAGACCAAAUGUGUCCAUCCGCACAACUCAACACAUUUAGUUACGGAACACAUUUAUUUUCGUUUAAACUGGAAAUAUGCUUCGGUCACUCAGGUACAUGUGCUGUCAUCUGUUUUUUGGGGACAAGGAUUUGAACUCUGUUCCUGCAAGAGACUUCCAUGUUUAACAACUUGUAUGAGACAUAGCUCAAAUUUCAGAUUACAAAAAAGUACUGAAAGUGGUAUAUAUCUGAUUUUACAGAAUUUAAUUCUUUGUGACUUUUUCACACAUUGAAACCAACUCAGAGACUGAACAAAAAGCUAAUUUAACAUAAAUGACAGAAAUAAUUUGUGUCCUAAAAUGACUAAAGAGGUUUACCCAACCAUUUUGUAUGACUUUUAGAUGGAGAGCAUGGCAAAUAUUUGGACACUGAACUGUUUGUGAACCAAAAAUGAGUCACACUGAAGCCACAGAAGGAUUGAAUCAUCUUCUAUUUUUUUCUGUUCACUCCCUUUCAAUGCUUUAACAUCCUCUUCAUGAUUUUGGAGAGUGGUUUGAGUUAAUUUUCUUUUUGAUUGGUUCAUCUAUUAACUGCCUUGUCAAAGAAGAAAACAAAAAUAUUUAACCUCCCUGAGGGUCUGUCCAAUCUUGAAAUGUUUAAGAAGUGACUCAAGUCUUAGGAAAAGUUUCUUAAUCAAAACAUUGAUGAGACUUUAUUACAAAUUAUGAUCUCAUAGAUCGCCUGGAGCUGGUGGAAGACUGCAUGAAGCAGAGCAGGAGACUGAUGGUUAUCCUCACCCCAGGUCCAGAAUCACAGACCAGUUCUUCCUCGCCUGAAGACUCAAUCAUGGGUGGAUUUGACUGGCAGGUAUGAGUACUACAAACCUAAAGAUACAAUGAAGGCAGUGUUAAGCUGUUUUUUGUUUUGUUUUAGGUUUACAAGCCAUAAAAGUUUUUCUUCAGACGAUUUCCAGAAAAGAAUGAAACACUGUGAAGGACUGAGGAUAUCUUCACAGUCUCGGCCUUUAGACUAAAUUAAGUUUUACAGCAUAAACAGUUUGAACAGAAGACUUUUAAUAGUCUCUGGGUGAAGAAGCUUCAAGUUCAUGUCCUAUCGCUUUCAUGAUAUCUUGUGAAAUGUUACUGUUGAGCUUCAGUAAACGCUAUAUUUGCAUCUGCACAUCACUGAAGGGUGAAUGUUGGAACAAGUUUGACAAAAGUCUUUUUUACUGACAUAACUAGGGGUUAGAAAACUUCAAAAUAUGAGCACAAUUCCUGCAGUAUAGCCAAAUACCAAAUCACAGUGUCUGAUUUGCUGGGUGUGACUUGCAUUAGCUCAGACAAUUUUAUUUUAUUUUUCCUAUGGGGCCAUUUGGUUUUUGCAGUCUAUCAAGACCAAAUGUCAGAGAGAACAAUUAAAUAAUGAGUAAAUGCAUACCUAAUCAUAGGCUGCUUCAGGUUGCACAAUAAGAAGUACAGUACUGGCACCACUGGUCUUUGAUCUUCUCUGCAAGUUCAGAUUAUUACGCCCAACCCAAAGGUGGCUCUAUGGGGCUAACAACUAUCCUCACCUUUCGACCCAUUGAAUUAACAUAACACCUUCAAAAGUUUAUCAAGAUGUCUAACUUACCUAACUAGUCUUCAGGUGGCCUGCCGAGCUCAAGGCAUCACUAAGUGUGCCCCCUCCUCAGGUUUACCACCAAAAAUAAGAAGGGCAAAAUAGAGGUAAGCUCUUCCCUGCCCGGCGACUAAAUGAUCAGGGAGCUCAGAAAUUACAAAGAAAGGCAACUACUAAUGAUAGUGACAGAACUAACAAACCCAAACUAUGGUCACUUGUUACAAAGUGAGGAAAACAAAUUCAAAGAACCUCAUGGAUGUUCGAUCACAGACGAGCCCCCAUUUGUUACGCCCCACCCAAAGGUGGCCCUAUGGGGGUAACAACUAUCCUUACCUUUUGACCCAUUGAAUUAACAAAAUACCUUCAUAAAGUUUAUCAAGUGAUUUAUUUUGACAAAAGAACAAAUUAACUAAACACAAAGAACUUACAACACAAACCAGUGUCUAUUCCUUAAAAGUCAGACUCAGAGAAAUACACUAUGAUAUAUCAUGGGGGUUCAUGAUUUCUUAGUUUAAUUUAUACAGUUGGAAACUUUUAAUUUCGUCCACCAGGUGGGGCUUCAUCAUGUGCUGGUCCAAAGGGAAAUGAGUGUGAUUCUGAUCCAGCUAGGCGACAUGGGGCCUCAGGGGUACACACACCUUCCUCCUGGCCUGCAGCACCUGAUUCACAAGAGCGCCCCAAUCAAGUGGCCGAAAGACUCAAGGGCUGCGUCUAAAUGUAACUCACGCUUCUGGAAGAGAGUGAGGUACUUAAUGCCUGCAACCCCGGCAAAGAAAUACCAUCAGUCUUCUAUUAUUUGAAAAAUGUGUGGGCUCUGAAAAGAUGAAAAAGAAAUGAUGGAGGAUCCUGUUACAUCAUAUGAUUCUGUUACAUGAUGAACUGUGAAAGAUAGCACUAGUGAUGUCCAAUAUCUGUUUCUGAGGAGGUGAUGCCUGAGUAUGGCGGUCUAACCAUUGGUAAUCAGAAACUGACAAAGAGGUUGAGUUGAGACUGGUCUGUAGCCGACAAUGUGCCAACCUCUCCGGCAGCUGACUUCACAAAUAGUCAUACACAUUUAUGUACAGCUAGAAUAGAAUAGAAUAGAAUAGAACAGAGCUCUGAGCUUUAGAGUUAUCUUAAUUUGUCAAAACUGACCUAGAGGCUUGGUUUGUUUUCGUUAAUAACAAAAUGAUGCAAAUGAGUUCAGAUGUAGAUUUUUUCAAUAUUUUUUAUAAUAAUUUUUAUAUAUUUUUUAAUAUUAUUCCAUCGUUAUUCCAUGCAAAUACAAGAUAACAUAUCCAUGCGUAGGGCUAAGAAAAGACAAAAAAAAAAGUGAAAUCAUCACAAAUGUUUAUGUGCAUUAAACUUAGGAGUGUGAAAAGAUAUGAAGUGAAAAAGAAACAGAUUUAAUUGUCUUUGGUCUGCAGCUAAGCUAAAAAGUUACUAAAGCUAAAGAGUUUCUUAAGCUCCUAAAAAUGUAAAUGAAGAGUCUUUCCUGAUCUGUGACAUGAUCCACAGUAUAUGGUUACCUUAUCUGUGAAAUACUGAUAUUUUAGAAGAGUCCCAACUGACACUUAGAUUUAUUCAUGACAUUGUAACAUUGUGAUGACAUGAAUAAUUCAAAUGUCUCCCUAAUCUGGAGGUAUUGUGAAGAAAAUUAUCAUUUUUAACUGGCACUGAUUUGAAGUCACCGUCAGAAUGUACACUGUAUUUAUAUUACUUGGCAUUUUGUGUGGUUUGAUUUACUUUGUUGUUGUAUUACAUUGAAAUGUGUUUCUUCUUAUUGUUAUUUUUAUACAGAAUAUCUUUUACACAAAAAUCCUUGAGCUUUUUGUUCUUAAAGUAUUUUAAGUUAAAUAUAAUGUAUCUGUUAUAAAAAUGAAGGACUUGUUUUGUCCAUUUAUCACAGUUUUGAAUAGUUGAGAGAUCCACAUUCUGAAAAUAAAUAAGCCCAUCUCAA